CCCGAACCAAUGCCAGCCCCUCUCAGCCAGACCGUUCGUCCCGUCUUCCAGACCUUCGAUUCCGCCGGUGUCGAUGCGGUCCAGCAGCUCUUUCCGUUCCACCAAGUCGAGCAUCUCGAUGUCUCCGGUCUUGUGAUCGUUCGCUCUGCCUGUGUGAGCACCACUGAUCUGGCCAAGUUCGCUCAGCGCCUCUCCGAUCACUUUGUCGUCCGCGUGUGUGUCCCGCUUCAGGCCGAUCUCGAUGGCGAGUUCCCCGAUCGCCCGUGGGUCGUCCACUCGAUCGAGGAGCGCAACGGCCUCGAGUUUGUCGAGUUCGCCCGUCCCGGCGACACCUUCAACUUUCCCGAGUACAAACGCAGCAACAGCGAGCUCCCCCAGACCCAUGGGGCUCCCUUCAUUCCUGGCAGGCUGACCCACCACAUUCCCGAGGCCGGUCUCGACCGUUUCCAUCGCCAGUACCUCGCCAAGUACUUGCAGGGCUACCGUGUCUCCAUGAUCGAGCGCACCGACGCUCUCUUCAAUUUCUUCAUGGAUCUCGAUGGCAGCCAGCUUGCAUCCCAGCAUGCCGAUGGUGCCCAUGGUCUCUACAAGGCCAUGUAUGACCAUGUCAGCAGCACCAUCAACGACGCCCCCAUCGUCACCAUGCGCACCACCCACGAUGGCUCGAAGAUCGCGGGCUGCCAUUUCCAUUGGCCCAAUCUGCAGAUCACUCCCGACAAUGCCAAGCACGUGAUCGAUCGCCUCAAGGCUGGUGCUCCUUCCUCUGUCCCCGACACCUUCUUUGACUCGAGCGUCUAUCGUUCGGGUCUGCGUAUGCUGCAUUCCUGGAAGCAGCGCAAGGAGUCCGACACCAGCUUCAACGAGCAUUACCACAUUGCCCAAUGGGACUACGCUGAUCACCAAUGGGUCAGACGUCCCGGUGCCGCCUUCACCGUUGCCGACCUCAACGCAUUCUCCAUCCGUCUCGGAACCGAUGGCAGCGACUCUGUCCCUGUCGAUCUCGCUGGUGACGGCGAUGAUAUCAGUGUCGACGGCGACUGCGCAUCCAGCGCACCCGUCGAUAUCCCAGCCGACCUUCGCGGCGAUCUGGUCGAGUUCGUAUUCGGCAAUUUUGAUAUUCCCGACCGCGACCAGAUCCGAGUCGAUGCGGCCAAGAUCUACCGCAACCCGGUCAAUCCCUUCCUGUAUAUCCCCCUCUCUCAUCGGCUUUGCUACUUCAAGCUCGACCACCAUAAAGCGCUCCAGUAA